UGCCACAUCAAUGCCACAUAUCACUGCCUUUCAGUGUUACCUAUCAGUGCCGGUCAGUGCCACCUAUCAAUGCCAGUCAGUGCUACCUAUCAGUGCUGCCAAUCAGUGCGCAUCAGUGCUGCCCAUCAGUGCUGCCUAACAGUGCCACUUAACAGUGCCAGUCAGUGCCACCUAACAGUGCCAGUCAGUGCUGCCUAUCAGUGCCACCUACCAGUGCCGCCUAUCAGUUUCAUAUAUGAGUGCUGCCUUUCAGUGCCCAUCAAUGAU